GUGGUCACCUCCAGGAAGGCUCCCAGCCAGAGUCAGUGUCCCAUGGGUGAGAGCACGGUGAAGAGGACAUGGUAUAAAAAGAGUUGAGGGACCAGGCAGCAGAGAGAGCUAAAGCUUCUAUAAACUCAGAUUUAAUAAACGUGGAAUAUAUUCACAUAAAUCAGGAAAACCAAUUUUGCAUCUACAGCUGGACUGUAUUUUCCGCCUAUAAUCAGAGAAGGAAGUCAUCAUGGCACUACUGAUGAAUUACUGGAUGUGUUUUCUUGCUCUACCACUGACAGUGACCUCGAGCCAUGCUUUGAGAAGAAUUGGCCUGCAGAAAAUGCCAUCUAUCAGACAGACACUGAGGGAGAUGGGUGUUUCUGCAGAGCAGGUGUUGAGUGAGCUGGCACAGAAAAGCAAAGAUGACACAAACAACGGGACCGUUCCCACACCUCUGAUCAACUAUUUGGAUACUCAGUACUAUGGAGAAAUCAGCAUCGGCUCUCCAGCCCAGAUGUUCAAUGUGGUGUUUGACACGGGCUCCGCAAACCUGUGGGUGCCCUCGCAAAGCUGUUCACCUUUCUCCACCGCCUGUUUUACUCACAACAGGUACGAUGCCUCCAGAUCACGGACUCAUGUUGAGAAUGGUACCGGAUUUUCCAUCCAGUAUGCUUCUGGAAAUGUCAGGGGAUUUCUGAGUGAGGAUGUGGUUGUGGUCGGUGGUAUUCCCGUGGUGCAGGUGUUUGCUGAAGCCACCUCUCUCUCUGCCAUGCCCUUCAUCUUUGCCAAGUUUGAUGGAGUCCUGGGGAUGGGUUACCCAAACGUGGCAAUCGAUGGCAUCACGCCGGUGUUUGACCGCAUCAUGUCUCAGCAUGUCCUCAAGGAAGAGGUGUUUUCUGUCUACUACAGCAGGGACCCUAAACACUCCCCAGGUGGAGAGCUUGUCCUUGGUGGCACUGACCCAAACUACUACACUGGAAGCUUCAAUUAUAUGGAGACCAGAGAGACGGGUAAAUGGGAAGUUACCAUGAAAGGAGUUUCUGUGGGGAUGGAGAUGAUGUUUUGUGCAGAGGGAUGCACCGCUGUGAUCGACACAGGCUCCUCCUACAUCACAGGCCCGGCCUCCUCCGUCUCCAUGCUGAUGAAAACCAUCGGAGCACAGCUGGAUGAAAGUGGAUACAAAGUCAACUGUGAUACUGUCAAGAAGUUGCCCAGUGUCACUUUCCACCUGGGUGGCCAGGAGUACUCACUCUCCCAGGAAGAUUAUAUCUUAUGGCAAUCACAGAUCGAAGGGGAUGUCUGCACCGUCACCUUCAGGGGCUUGGAUGUGCCUCCCCCUACAGGUCCCAUCUGGAUUUUGGGAGCCAACUUCAUUGCUCGCUACUACACAGAGUUUGACCGUCGCAAUAAUCGGAUAGGGUUUGCUACAGCGGUCUGACAGGAAAUCAUCGGCCAUGUUGCUCUGUUUUCUUUCUCUCUCUUUGCUGCUAUCUCCUCUUUGUCCAGUCUUCCCUUCUGUUGCCUUUUAUAAUAAUUUGUGAUCAAAGUACAGCUGUUUUAUGAAAAAUGGUAAAAAAAAUAAAUAAAUUUAAAGUGCACGUUAAGAAUAUCAUUCCUUUUGCAAAUCUUGGUUUCCUAUUAUAUAAUAUGUUGUACCAGUUGCACUGAACACCUUCUAAACUUUUUAUUUAUAAGCAUUAACCAGCAAAUACAAAGUUUCUGUAUGUGUGCUGAUCAUUAUCCCACAGCAGCAGUGAAAAUCUGUGUCUGUACUGUCGUACUGACGUAACAAGAAUAAACUUGUUUACUGGGGUUUUGAACGUGAUUUAACUUCAUUAAUGACUGCAUUGUUUCCCAUCAAGUCUGUCGAAUGCAUUUCAUAACCAUGUGAAAAUCAAGGUUGAGGCUGAAAACAGAUUACUGUAGCCAAUUUAAUUGGACACACCAGACCAGGGACAGACAUAUGUGUCGUUGUGAGCUCCUCACCGUGCAUACGUAUGUCUAUUUUCAGUUCAAAAGGUAAAGAAAUGGGUCACCAUGUCUGGCAGUCACGUGUGCUGCUCCCACUGAUGGUUUCCUCUGUAGUCUGGGGCUUUAUAUCACAUAAGAUUAUAUUUUCUAAAUCAAAUCAUCCCCAAUCUCAAGUGUUUGUGCAGCUUGUGAUCCCUGACAAUGAGGAAUUGUAUUUUUCCAUUGCAAAAAAAGCAUAAAGAAAAUCCAUAAUUGUUCAUUUUGUCAUCCAGGAAACUGUAGUUUAAAGUUGAAAUCCUGUUUUUUGUAUCGGAGUAAUGCUAUUACAUAAAAAGCUCUGAACUGUAAUACACUCUAGUAGUAAACAUGCCUUUUAAGACUGACUCUACAAAAUUGUUUCUGCUUCCUUAGCAGGCAAAAGCAACAAAGAUAAUAAAACAAU